UUUGCCACUGUUGUUUUUACAUUAGACUUUUGCCUUUUAAAUUUGACAGCUGCGUUUUGAUAAAAAAUGUUUGUAAAAUUAUUCGCAUUCAUUCACAUGUCUCUAUCGCAACAAAGUGACAUGGACCGGAAUAUUUUCUUUUAAGUGAUAUCGAAAACAGCUGCUUGACAAAACCUUUCAAAGCUGCACUUCAGAACUGGACUAUUAGAAAUGGCAGCGCUUGGAAAAGGUGCGAUAUUCUUGAUUCUGUUUUUUCUGUGGUGCGCCUACGUUGUCCUCGGAAUCUUCGUUUUUGCUGCAACAGAAGGCAAUGCAGCGCAUAAUUUUCAAGAGCGAAGAGAACGACAGAACAUGACUGGCUUGAAAGCUGAAACGAUGCAGAAACACAACAUGACCGAUGCUGAGUUUGAGACCCUCACGAAAAAGAUUCGUGAGGCGGCGAACUCAGACGAGGAUUAUCCCGAUGAACGGCGAUGGAAUUACGUAGACUCAUUUUGGUUCGUGGUCGUUCUACUUACGACUAUUGGUUAUGGUGACUUGUUCCCAGUCACACUCAUUGGCAAGGUCGUGUGCGGGGUGUACGCUGCAUUUGGCAUCCCUAUAACCAUUUUGCUCCUGCGAUUUAUCGGCCAGCAGAUGCUACGCGGAGAAAGAGCGCUGAUCACCACCAUCGAGAGAAGCUGUCUGAAAAGGAAUGGGCCCCCGGGUCACCUGAACGAAAAAUGUUUCGUGUUUGGCUGUCUGUACUUGUUGGUAUUGGUCUUUGUGGGAGCUGGUGCUUCAAUGAUUAUAGAAGAAGGCUGGAGUUAUGAAGAAUCCAUCUACUUCUACGUCAUCACAUUCACGACUGUCGGUUUUGGAGAUGUAUAUCCUCAAAAAGGGAGAUAUGUCACCAUCCCGUUGAUAUUCUUGGGUCUGACCGCCAUCUCGAAUAUUCUUCACGCGGCUGCCGCGUGGGCGCUGAUCAGGCGUGUCACCGCGGGCUCACUCGAGACCGAAGAAACUGGAAAAUUGACGGAAUCAACGGAGAAAGGAACUGAGGGCUCAUUCGAGACCGAAGAAACUGCGAAGUUGGCGGAGUCAACGGAGAAAGGGACCGAGGUUUAAAGAUGAGAAGUAAGCUUGUGAAAAAACUGUCUAUUCAAACGUUUAAAAUAUAUAUUUAAUGAGAUACUUUUUAUCAUCAUUACGAAGAGCUGAACUUGUAGAAAGUAAUGUAGUAGUGUAAUGGCGUAAGACCAAAAGAAAAUUGAUCAAAACAGGCAGUUACAAAAAAUGAAAGUAUAAGAACCAAUCUAGGAUCAAAAUGAAAACAACCAGUACGCUGAAAGCGCGGGAAACGUGAGUGGUUACGAUGCAAGUGGGUCAAGGUUGUCAUCUGAUUGAUUGUAAAGGUGGCAUGGGUUUUUGUUUUGAACAAUCACGAAGUAAAGUUAAGCAAAAAUCUACAUAAUUGCUUAGCAAAGGAUAGGAAAUUUUCGCUCGAGUUCUUGCGCUACUUGAUUCCUUCACAUUUGAGAGUGCAAAUUAAAGUCAAUUUUCUCGUUGUUUGCACGUGCGGAGGGUCACAUAAAAGUAAAUCGAACUAAACAUCGGACAAAGCUGUAACCUCUGAGUUGAUUGUUUGGUAGGAGGUGGGGUUCUUCAGCCAAUCUGCUUCCCCCCACCCCCGAACAAUUUCUAUCUCCUUGACCUUUAGCCCAAUUAACGCUUUGCAUGCUAAUAAGAGCCGAUGGAACCAACUAGUUAACAAUUAUUCCACGAGCGCGCGUUGGAUAUGAGAUGAUAGAUAGCCAACGAGGUGCUACGUGCCUCG